AAGUAGGAGGAAGAAAAAGGUUUUUAUUGGUUGGAAUUUGGAAUCUUAGGAGUGCAAUACUUGGUAAUUGUUAAUGGUUUGCAAGAGAAUUGUCAUACUUAUACAAUGUUAAGAAAUGGAUGGAGUUAUUUUUUCUUUGUUUAUGCUGCUUACCAGUUUAUAGCAUCACUGUAUAAUGUCAGUAAUUUUUCCUUUUCUUAUAAAAUUCCAUUUGUUACCAAUGAGUCCUUUGUAGGUUUGUUUUGAUCUCUUGGUUAUGAUUAGACUGCAUUUCUGUAGUCAAUUUGUCUUCUUAGCUCAGAGACCAAUAUUAGGAGGAUCUCUACCCUUUAUCUAUGUACUUUUUUCUCCUCUUUCUAAUAAUAUAUAUUUUUUUCUAAUAAAAAGAAAGAACUAAUAGACAUUUCUUGCUGGUAAGUAUAUGACCUUCUAUUGGUGGCAGCUUGAUGUUGAUAUUGCAACCCACAUAUAUGUUAAGGAAGAUGGGCCUAAAAGGAGCUUGCUUUAUAUUGAGACAGCAGAUAGGCCUGGACUGCUAGUAGAGAUCAUCAAAAUCAUUUCUGAUGUCAAUAUUGAUGUGGAAUCUGCAGAAAUUGAUACAGAAGGGUUGGUAGCCAAAGACAAAUUUCAUGUCAGCUAUAGAGAUGCAGCAUUAAACAGUUCAUUGUCACAGGUUUUAGUAAACUGUCUGCGUUACUACCUUAGGAGGCCUGAAACAGAUAUUGAUAGCUACUAGUGGCAGGAGGAGCCCACUUCCUUGGUUGUAAAGCCAGUGUAAUGAUUCUUGUACCAAAUUAUAUGUGAUAAAAGGUUCUCUGCUGAAGCUGUACCAAAUCAAAAGAAGUAUUUAGCGACACUCCCGGUUCAUCAUUUAUCUAAUUUCUAUUCUGGAUUAGUGGAAACAAUCUGUUAGCUAAAACAGAAUCUUGCUACAAUUAAGUAAAAAUUUGAAGUUCAUAACUUAUGUUUCCUGCCUUUUCUGCUGAGGUAUAUUCUGAUUUCUGCUAAGUGAUCAUUGGGUUGUUGAUGAAGAAUGAAAAGGCAAAAUGGUUGGUGAUUUCCUGUA